CAAAAAAUCUAUAAAUAGUUCAUCCAAGUUCAGUUUAUUCAAGUUAAGUUCUUUUGAAGAAACUAUUACAAUAGUAGAGAAAUUUGAAAAAUCUGAUUCAGAUUAUACACUAUGUAAAGGAUCUAUUGGCUUCCAAAAGAAAAUUCACAAAGUAAACUCAGAAAAAUUAAUGA